AUGUCGCUCAAAGUAAAGCUUAAUACUGAGAGCCUAAAAUUGGGCGAUCAGCUGGACGCGUCGAGGAAGCGCAAGUCAGACGGCGUACACGAUGACGAUGCUUCGACUGUCGUUGGCGACGACGGCGCCCUCAUUAGAAGGCUGCUGGAAAAGAUUAAUCCAUUUCUCCUCGAUAUUCCUAUCGAAGCAGACUCACCCAAGAAGACAAGCCAGUCUACGCUUUCUGGGUAUUUGAAUGACAGUCAGGGCUCGUUGUUCGCCCUGCACGAUGCUCUCCGCAGGUGCACAAUCGAUGGUGAUUGUGAAUUGGCCAUUUCCGUCAUCAACUCGAUUGUCGCACAGAGGAAGGCCAAAUUACCACCAGCAGAAAGCGUAGUCUUGCCAACAUCAUCUGUCCACUCUGAACUAGACAAGUUGGAACACAGUAAACCUCGAUAUGCAUUGCACCAAUCUUGGCCCGACGCCAACUAUUUCACUCAGGCCAGUGAAUUAGACCCGCAGGUAGCGUCGAAACUUGCCCUCGGUGAGGCAUCCUUGGCCCGCGUCCCUGUCCAGUGUGCUCCAAAAGUGAUUGACUCUCCUAAACUCAAGGACAUAUCGCUGCCCAGUCCCCACACCAACGUUAAAUCGUUGACUUAUGGCACGUUCAGGAACAAAGACGUAUCGCAUCUGUACUACGGCACCAACUAUUCGUUCGGUCCAAGCCAUGACUCGACACUUGCUACAAUACCUUACUCUACGUCCCUGAACAUAGCUACGACGUCCAAAAUGAAGGGUGUUGAAGAUCCAACAAUGAUACAUUUCAAAGGACAACGCGUACCAAUUCAGGAAAAUAAAGAGAUUACAAACGAACAAGUGGAUAACACGGGUAUUGAAGAUCUCCCAGCAGCCUACGACAGCCUAAACAAGAGUCACUUAGAGACACAAACCAAGCUAAAACGUAACGCCUUCCUCCUAGCGAAACUAAAGUCACUCGAAGCACACAGACUGAGAUCAACCACACCAUACACCCCAUCAAAAGAAGAAGAGAGUAUCGCGCUCAAACUCACACAUUCAUUCACAGAAAUUCUCGUACAUGAACCGCCAUGGCAAUAUUGCAGCACAGAUCAACUACGCCGCCUUCAUCCAAAGGGCGAAAUGGCGCAGUACUACGGAAAUCUUGACUCUAACCCUGAACACAGUCAUAUGCUGGUAGAUAACAUAGCUGUACUACCUGAAGCUGCCGAAUUGAGGAAGAUGGCCAAACAGACUGCGAGGAUGUGA